AUAUUUGUCUACUAUUAGAAAACUUUUAUCUGCAGUAAACUACUUCAAAAUUAUUUGAUGUCAUGUAAUCUACUUCAAAAUUUACGCCAAAAGAACACGAAAUUUACAUGCGCUGUAACAAAAAAGUUACCCAAUCAUGAAAGCAAGAAUCGAAGAGAAAAAUUAUUUAAAAAGCAAAAAGAAAACAGUAAGAAAAAGGAAAGGGAAUAAUGGAACAAAAAUGAAAAAAAAUUGGAAGGAUGAAAUUAAUCGAAAGCAGCUCAUCCGAUUCCCCUGAGGCGAUUAUGGUGUCUCCUCCUUCUCACUCUCGCUCUUAGUAGUAGUCUUUCUUCUCCGAUCGCCGACUAACCUCCGGAGCUUUCUUCGGCGGUCUCUCCUCUCUGUUUUCUACUUGAGGUUUCUCUCUUCUCUUACUUUUUUUAUUCUUUGUGCAUAUCUCUCUUCUCUUACUUUACUCACCAAAUUUCUAGGAAUACUUUUUCUCCUGAGAUUUGGGCUUUUAAUUUAGCUUAAUUCUUCUGUUAAGUAGAAAUAUAUCAUGGCGAAUCUAUGAAAUUAUUUCUUCUGUUAAGUAGACAUUGAAAUUUGUUACAAUGGCGAAUCGUGUUUUUUUUUUGGUCUGUCUCCAUUUUUUGGUAUUGUCUCUAAGAAAAUAAGACGUUUGUGGUAUUUAGUUUAUUAGGCGAAUUGGAUUUGUUGAAGCAUGGAUAACUUGUAUCUUAAUCCCUUGGGGUUAGUUAGAUGAAUUGAAUGGUCGAGGGACCAUUUUGCUUUUUCAUGGGAAACCCUGGCUGAGGGGACCGUGAUUGGGAUCGAAACCUAACUUGCUGUCUCAUUUUGUUAGUUCAAUCUUUAUUGCUGGAGAUAGAUCCCUUUCAUUGGCUUAGCUUGGUGCCGUUUUCUUUGACAUAUACUUAAUUCAAUAUGUGUGUAUCUGUAGACUCAAUAGUAAGCUUUAGAUUAACCCUUUAUUUCAUUUAAACCUUAGCUAAGAACUUUCUGCAAGUACAAAGAAGGAAUGGGUAGGGAAGGGUUUGCAAUUAUGAUGGCUAUAGGGUUUUAAUUGACUUGUUGAAGUCGUGUUCUUUAACAAGUUGUUGAUUUUCUGGGCAAUCUGAUUUGAGGAGUGUGGGACCAGUUGGAAUAAAUGCCACUUAGUUUUUGUGUGAUGGAGAGCACAAGAGGGAGCUAAGAAAAGUAAUACCCUUUCUCUUGCCCUUUUUGUUGGUCUGGGUGAAACAUAGCAAGGUUUCUCUUGCUGAGGUUAUUGAUAAACGGGUGAGUUAAAUAAAAACGUUGAUCAGCAGUGUGUGGUGCUUGGAAUUCAUAAGGUUUUUCUUCUUUCUUAUGCUUUUGGUAGUUAAUGGUAUUGUCUAUUAGGUAUCUGUUUGGGUUGCCAGCGUUAUUUAUAGGCUUGACAAGUUUUCUCUUAUUUUUGAUGUUUGGCUUUCAUUUACAAUCACUAGUUCUGCAAACUUAUGGUUGUUUCAGUUUUUGUUACUCUGGCUUUUGGUGAUAGGUCUAUGAAAUCAACCCACAUCUUGAAUGGACUGCAACAUGGUAUCUUCGUUCCCGUGGGACUGGGAGAAUUUGAUCAUGUCCAAUCAGUCGAAGACUGAAAAUGAAAAAAAACAGCAAUCUACUGAGUGGGAAUUUGAAAAAGGUGAAGGAAUUGAAUCUAUAGUUCCAGAUUUCUUAGGCUUUGAGAAAGUCAGUAGUGGCUCUGCUACUAGUUUCUGGCACACUGCCGUAUCAAAAAGCUCGCAGUCGACCUCUAUCAACUCAUCAUCUCCCGAGGACAAACGAUGCAAUCUUGCAUCACAAAGUUCCCCUGGAGAUUCUUCCAGCAACAUAGAUUUUCUCCAGGUGAAACCAUCCACAGCUCUCGAGGUACCUAUUGCCUCAGCUGAAUCAGAUCUUUGUUUGAAACUAGGAAAGCGGACAUACUCUGAAGAAUUUUGGGGUAGGAACAAUAAUGACCUUUCAGCGGUUUCUAUGAAUUUGUUGACUCCAUCUGUUGUUGCUCGGAAGAAAACCAAAUCGUGUGGUCAGAGCAUGCAAGUUCCGCGUUGCCAAAUUGAUGGCUGUGAGCUGGAUCUCUCAUCUUCUAAGGAUUAUCAUCGCAAGCAUAGAGUCUGCGAAACGCAUUCAAAGUGCCCAAAAGUUGUUGUGAGUGGCCUGGAACGUCGUUUCUGCCAACAGUGUAGCAGGUUCCAUGCUGUCUCAGAAUUUGAUGAAAAGAAACGAAGCUGCCGCAAACGUCUUUCUCAUCAUAAUGCAAGGCGUCGCAAGCCACAAGGAGUAUUUCCACUGAAUUCAGAGAGGGUGUUCGAUCGAAGACAGCAUACAAGUAUGUUGUGGAAUGGGUUGUCCCUUAACACGAGAUCUGAAGAAAAGUAUACAUGGGGUACCACUUAUGAGACAAAGCCUACACAGAUGGAAAGCGGCUUUACUCUGAGCUUCCAGAGAGGUAAUGGCUCUGAGGACCAACUGUUUACUGGUAGCACCCUCUCUUUCUCUGCGUUUCAAACAUCUGGUGGGUUCUCAGCAGGGAAAUCCAACAUUCAACUUCCAGACAAAGGUUGAUAUCUUCACUUCUUUACCACAUCUUGUAUUUGUUGUGCAUAUUUGCUGAUGGAUUGGCCUUUUUUAGAUCUCUGGUUUUGAAACUGAGUAAUAUGUUUUGGCAGGUGUGGGAGAAUGCUCAGGAGGCCUCCAUGAAUCUCAUGAUUUCUACAGUGCUCUCUCUCUUCUGUCAACUACUUCGGAUUCACAAGGGAUCAAACACACUCCCGUGGCCGAACCACCGCCAAUAUUUGGCACUUUCCCUAGUCAUUUCAUCUGAAAGAGUUAAAAAAUGCGAAGUCACUCCAUAAAAAGUCGGGUUGCAUCAUCCGAUGGAGUUUGACAGUUUGUUUUCAAAUAAAAUAAAAAUGUGCAACAUCCAUUGCUCAAGCUAAACCAGUCACUCGGUUAGCUCAGCUUUUCUUAUACAUUUCCAAACAUAUUGUCAAUUUCCUUCUGGAUUCUGUUGGUAUGACAACUUUGUUACUCUGUCAAACAUGUCUACGACUAUUUUAAAACCAUUUCAGAGAUUAUUGAUGUUGUAAGUUUUUGAUAUUAUUUUUAACUUCUUUGCAUAGUGAAAGUGAGAAUUAUGAAAGACAACUUCUGCUUUUUAAAA